AAGAAAGCCAAAGACAAAUAAACUGCAGAUAAACCACAUACGCGAGCCUGGCCAAAAUCUGUGAAAAUAGGGAAAAAUAGUGUUGUUAUGUAUGUUACAUGCUGUGUGGGGUUGUAAAUCUACGUCUAAAUAAAGUAUUGGCUCUCAGGCAACGAGGUCUGAAGCUUAACGAUAUAAAAUGUGAUGCCGUAUACUUUUUCCGCUUCGAAUAAAACUGUCAGUGUGUUACAGAACUAGUUGCAGGGAAGGCACCGACCAUGGGACGGAAUAUUCUUGCCAGUAGUUUACAGAACGCUUCGUUUAGUAUAAUAUUUCAGAUUUUUUGCCGUUGCAUCACCUUCGCUAUCAACGCCUUUAUCGUGCGGAGUGUUGGUCGAGAUGUACUUGGCAUCACCAAUGUGCGUUUACUACUCCUGGAGAGCACCUUGUUGUUUCUUUCCAAAGAAGCGAUAAUUCGUGCUUCACUCAGUUCACGGCACAACAAACAAUGCACUUGGGCGCAGCUGGUAAACCAACUUUGGAUAACCGUACCGAUAUGUUUCGCAUUGGCCCUUCCUUGCCUUUACGUGUGGCUCAAUUGGUUAUCGGCAGUGGACAACCAUUUCUACGAGCAGUACCGGUUUGGCUGUUUCGCCAUUGCCUUUGCCUGCGUUAUUGAGUUGACUGCUGAGGCACCGAUUUUCGUGACCCAAGUUUUCUGCUUUGUUAAGUUGAAAAUUGUCAUGGACACAUCACACAUAUUCAUCAGAUCUGCAGUCUUCAUUGCACUGGUCUUGCUGGAUAAAAGCAUCACCAUCUACGCCUUUGGCAUCGCACAGAUUACCAGCGCAGUCACAAUUAUUGCCGGAAAUUACCUGUUCUAUCACUUUUACAUACCCCGUUUGCUGCACUAUCGGAACGAAUUGAAAAAAGUUGACGACAAGCACAAACUGCGAGAGAAAUUUGGAGAAACGUACGAAAAUAUGGAAGAUUUUCCCUUUGUUUCGAUAAAAGACAUGCUUCCUACAGUUUUACCUAACUCGGGCUCCAUGUUCAAUUCUGAACUUCAAACGUUGGUACUUAGUUUUGCUAAACAAGGCGUUCUUAAGCAAGUGCUAACAGAGGGAGAGAAAUAUGUGAUGUCCAUAAGUCCAGUUUUAACAUUUAGUGAACAAGCGACGUACGACGUGGUCAACAAUAUGGGCAGUUUGGCAGCACGAUUUAUCUUCCGACCGAUUGAGGAUAGUAGUUAUUUCUAUUUUACACAGACAAUUGCUCGGGAUAUUAAACUGACUGAGCAGAACAGGGAAAAAGUCAAUGAAGCAUACCAAGUGCUGUCGUAUGUCUGCAAAACUGUAACGUCUAUCGGUUUACUGGGAUUUGUGUUUGGACAAAGUUACUCCGGUACACUUUUGUUGCUGUACGGAGGAGCUGAUUUCGUUGAAGGUGGUCUACCAGAAGUUCUCCUGAGAUGGCACUCUUUGGCGAUAGUGCUACUGGCAUUGAACGGCAUCACCGAGGGAUAUAUGUUCGCUACAAACACGUCUAAACAAAUCGACACUUAUAACUACUACAUGGCAUUCUUCUCCAUUGCUUUCCUGCUGCUCUCAUAUCAACUUACAAAUUGGCUAGGUCCAGUGGGAUUUAUACUGGCCAACUGUUGCAACAUGGUCUUCCGUAUCAGUUACAGCUUGUUCUAUAUCAAAACUAACUUCAGAAGCAUUGGUACAAAUCCACUUCCCUCAUUCCUACCAGGACCAAUAUUUUUAGCAACCCUGAUCGUAGCUGGCCUUAUGUGUAAAUUCUCCGAAUCAUAUUUCUUGGCUAAAUCGAUUUUCUAUCAUAUACUGGUAGGAAUCUUCUGCACUGGAAUCACUGUUCUCGCAUGGAGCUUCGAAAAUCGUGAUUUGCUGCGUACUGGUCUAACCAAAUAUCGAGAAAGAAAGCUUAGUCUGACAUGAAACGCCAUAAAAACUACAAUUUCAUGCUUCAGAUUAGUUCUGUUGACUACCGUCCAAAUGAUUAUUUCGCCUGUAUCGUGUUUUUUUUGUUCUAGAUUAAACCAAAGAUGGACCUUCUUUGCAAUGUAAAAAAUCAUUUCCCUUAUCGUGUAAGAAUGUAAAUUAUAUUUUAGUUUAGUUUUCUGAUGAUAUAAAAUAGAUUUGUUGAAA